CUGUAGCACACACACACUCACGUCUGGCUGUUAUGCAGACUGCUCUGCUAGUGCAGGAACAGAUUGACAAGGCUAGUAAUGAUAAUUCUGCUUUGUCACAAAAACAAGAAAUAAACUAAACGAGAGACUUAAAGUUCAAAGUGAAUUCCAGUUACUCAUUUGAAUAGAAUUCCAUUCAAUACACACUGCCAAGUUUAUUACUUGCACAAUUUCACUAUCAGUAGAUUUGCAUAAAACCAGGAUUUCAUUGAGAGAACAGCGAGCUUCAGCACUCCUCUGCCAACCCGGCUCAAGUGUCGAGGUUCUUUCCUGCGUGUUAACGUGUGGGUUUCACUUUGUGUGCAGCUCAUUUAGCCCCUGACUGUAACACGUAUAGCGUGAUGUGUUUUUAAGCCCUUCCAUUUAACAUGCUAUACUGAUUGUUCAACUAUUGCGGCAUGAGCUGUCCCUGAUAAGUUAUGCAUAACAGCGCAGUUGGGAGACGUGUCUGUGUGAAAUGACAUGUGACAAGGUGGAUUUCGGAUCACGGUCCGUGCGUGCAGGAAUCUCCCUUUUUUCCUGUUUCUCAGACUCUUUCAGACAGACCUUAAACGCACCAAAUCUUCUCUCAUGGUCUUAGUAUCUCACGUUAUGCACCCUGCGGGUUGGUUGCAUGGAUACAUGACUAAAAUAUUAGCCAAAUUGACUUUUUUGAGUUGCCUUAACUCACCAACUUGCACUCCUUUGUGAACCACCAUGUUAUCCACGUUGUCAUUCAUACAUGAGAGGUUGCUAUUUGAACAUGGUGACCAAUACUGGCGCACCAUGGGAGCAGGUUAACUUAUAACUUGUCCUCUUGGCUUAGUAAAAGUCUUCAGAGUUACUCAGUGCUCAUUCAGUUUGACUUUGUGUUCACUAUAAGAGGCUCAGUUUGAGUCCAGACACGUGAUUCAGAGGCAUCUCAUGGAGCGACAAGGACCCCAGGGUUUCUGGACUAACAUGGCGGGACAAAGGCCUGCAACGGAGACCGACAGUGCUAGAAAUCCUACAGCAGUCCUCAGUGGACCACCUGAUGACCCGAUGGUGAUGGUCACGCCUGCUCCGCGCCCUCGCCAGUCUGACAGCUUGCUGGAUGCUGAGAAGACUGGAGCUGCCCUGCUGUUCUCUGGAGCCCUCCUGGCUCUGGUUGGCGUCUUCUUCACCACCAUGGGCUGGCAGCACUACCAAGCCAACUCCAGCUUUGCGGUGAUCCAACUGCUGGGCCCAGUCCUGAUCUCAGUCGGAGGGACUUUCAUGCUCACCAGUGUCUGCAAGUUUGGCAUCGCCCACUGCUGGCCCUGCAGAUGGAGGGAUGAAGAGGUGCUUGUGAGGCCUGUGAUCGAGCAGACUUUAAGGGGACAUUCUUGUACGUUACAUGGCAUAAAUCAACCAUCAAUCAUGUUACACAGUGCCACAACAACGGUAUGUAUUCCACCUCCUUAUAACUUUAUAACCCAGGAAGUACGCCAGACCAUUGAGUUCCAACCUGGCAUCCACGCAGCUCUUCCUCCUCAUGACGGCGUUUACUGUGUGGAUAACGCAGCUUUCACAGCAGAAGAAGACAGCUGCAGAGAAACAGACAACAGAAGAAGCAGGAUUGAGAAGACAGAGGACGAAAGUGGACGUGGGGAGGAGAGCGGCUCUACCUGUUCACGUCCACCUGCGAUAAACACAAGUGUCACUGCACCACACGGGGGCAGACACACUGAGGAAAUCACUUCACCUUCACUCACCAGGUCAAGUCAGGAUGAGCUUGUAUUGUGGGGCCACUAAAGUGGUUUGAUUGUGCAGGAGGCCCGAGCUGGAGGCCCUCUCACUAAACCACAUGUGCUCCCAGCUAAACAUUUGUGGACGGAUUUGGGAACUACAUCUGAGAUGGCAUUUUCCUUUUGAAAUCAAAAAUACCAAAGGGUCAGAUAAUCCCUGGAAAUCAUGAGUAAUUAGCACUGACCUUGCUCUGCAUGCUGGCAGCCAGCAGACCCAGCCAUUGUGUUUGCAUUGUUACGCCACCAUACUCCCAUAUGGUGCAUGCUAAUAAGAAUGAGAAGGGCUCGUCCUCUGCAACUCACAAACAGCUGAAGUUGGUGUUUAGUCUGUAACUUGAGCUCAUUGUGUGAGGAUGAAACUGCUCUCAACCAGCAGCUUUGUUUUGAGUGACCAAAAGUUACAACAUAUUAUGUCUGACAUGUAGAAAAAACUAAAAAUAAUAAAAAAAAACUGUUUUGUUUCAGCAACUGUUCAUAAAGCACACAGACGUAUUCAUUUAACCUCUCACCAUUCACCAGUUUCCCAUUUUGUUCCACCUCAUGUGGCUGUAAGUUUGAUAAAAAUCAUCUUAUUUCAAACUGACAGUAACAUAUAAUGUAUUACAUAUUAUUUAUUCUUUACUAUGAUGUUUCCAACGACAGACAUAUUGAAAUAUUCAAUAUUCAAACUGCACAAUUCUGGAUGUAUUGUGCAAUUUUUUUUUUAAUACACAUUCCCCCUAAAUUCAGCCGGACAUAUUUGCUGUGUCUGAAAAUAAAGUUUGAACAAUG